AUUUAGACAAACAGACUCUGCUCAAGUAUAUCAUUUUUCAACAUUUCAAAUCAAACUUUGUUCUGGGCCAUUUUUCUUUCUCUAUUCCAGUCCAGUUCAUCAGAAAUUUUCCUCUCAUACAAGGUGUAUUUCAGAAUGGCCGAGCGCGUUCAUCCAAUCACCGUUGGCGCCCCACCUCCACCGCCAUCAUCAUCCACGAAGAUGAACUCUGGCGACGCGCCUCAGCCUCCGAAACCGGAGCCUAAUUCCAAGCCAGUGCUGCAGCCUCCGUCGACUUAUGUCGUCCAGCUCCCCAGAGAGCAAAUCCUACGCUAUCCACCACCUGAAAAUGCACGAAAAUUCCAUGCUCUCGCACGCCGGAAUAAACGUAGCUGCUGCCGCCGUUGCUGCUACUUCACUCUCUGCCUCCUACUACUUCUCAUUGUCACCGUCGCAAUUGCCGCUGGAGUGCUCUACCUCGUCUUCCGUCCAGAAGCGCCGAAGUACACAAUAACCUCCGUCGCCAUAAAAGGAAUGAAUCUGACGUCAGUGCCUUUCACUUCACCGGUAUUUGACGUCAGCAUCAGGGCGGAGAACCCUAACGACAAGAUUGGCAUAUACUAUUCAAAAAACAGUGUCGUUAACGUGUUUUAUAAUGACGUUAAGUUAGGCGACGGCGUUUUGCCUUCUUUUUAUCAGCCAAAGAACAACGUGACGAUGUUUCAAACGGCGUUGAAGGGGUCCAACAUAGUUCUAGGAGGCGCCGUUAAGACGUCGUUAAGGAACGGGCAGAAUGAAAAUAGGGUGCCACUGGUUAUGAGAUUAAAGGUUCAUGUUAAAUUCAAGGUGGGGUCCAUGAAAACAUGGGAAAUAACAAUCAAGGUUAGGUGUGACAUCAUCGUUGAUUCACUAAAUGACAAAUCGAAUAUUGUAUCUAAAGAUUGUGAUUAUAGUGUGAGAUUGUGGUAGAUAAAUUUGUAGUAAUUUUUAUGUAAUGGAUUUGUAAAACAAAUUUAAUUUUUUUAUUUUUGGUGGCCACAGGGUCACACACUUUAUAAGUGGUAUGUAUUUGGGAUAUAUACACAUUGGUUACAUUUAUA